CCCUCAAGUAUCUGGUUCCUCGAACCUCUCAAGUUGAAAUACCAAAAGUCUUGUCAGAUCAACAGCAAUCUGAAUCGUCUUCACCCAAAAAAAGAAAAACACUCCUGUUCACACAGCUUCUUACUUGUAAAAAAAAUUAG